CUCCAAUAUCCGCACACACAGGGCGCUCGUCCGCUCUCCCCGUCUCCAGCGCAAGGCCGCAGCAGCAGCACCAGCACCAGCGCCAGCGCCAACAGCAGCAACAGCCUCCCCGCGAGACCAAUCCCUCCUCCGUCGUCCUCCCUCGGCGCACAGCCCCGAACCCUUCGCUAUCGAAUCCACACCCGCCCAGCAUCAUCCGUCAUGUCAGGCGUCGGCAAGAGUGUUAUGCGCACGGCCAAAAACCUCGUCAAGGGGUAUUCGGACUUGCAGAUCAAAGUCCGCACGGCCACGUCCAACGAUGCUUGGGGCCCUUCUGCCAAGCUGAUGGAUGAAAUCUCAAGCUCUACCUACACCCAACGAGAGUUUCUGGAAAUCAUGGAGAUCCUGGACAAGCGUCUGAAUGAUUCUGGCAAGAACUGGAGACAUGUGUACAAGUCGCUGAUUCUCACGGAUUACAUACUGAGAAACGGCUCUGAUCUGGUUGUCGAGUAUUUCAAAGAAAACAUCCACAUCAUUCAGACCUUGAAGGAGUUCCAGUACUUUGACGACGACGGUCGCGACCAAGGCUCGUUGGUCCGCUCAAAGUGCAAAGAAGUCACCGCCCUGCUGAACGACGAGGAGCGUCUGCGUGACGCCCGCACCAAUCGCCGUGGCCGAAGCAACUACGUUGGCGACUCGGACUACGGCAGCGGGCACUAUGGCGAAAGCGGCGGUAACUUUGCUGAUACCGACAUGCGCCGUGCCCUUGAAGAAAGCAAAAAGACGGCCACGGCCGAGGAGCGACGUCGCCUCGAAGGCUUGAAGAACGAGGCUGAACUUCAGCGAGCGCUUGAGAUGAGCGAAAAGGAAGCCAUCGAGCGACGAAAGAUGCAAGCACACAUGACCGGAAGCACCGUAGCCGAGCACCGGACCGGAGACCCCGUCCUGAUUGACUUUUUCUCAAGCACCGCCGAGGUCCCAGCCCCCAACCUCGCCAACUCGGAUCCCUUUGGUCUCCAAAACCAGCUCUACCAACAACAGAUGCUUCAGCAGCAGUUGGCACAGCAGCAGCUUCUUCAGCAACAGCUUGAACAGCAGCAGCUUCAGCAGCAGUACCUGAUCCAACAGCAACAACAGCAGCAGUUGCUUGCCCAGCAGCAGCAACAGCAGCAGCUCCUCGCCCAGCAACAGCAACAACAGGCCAUGGCUAACGCUGCCGCCGCUGCUAACUCGGCCGCCAACCCGUUUGCGGGACUGCAGCCUCUGUCUGCCUCAGCCGCCAACCCCUUCAUCAACAAGCCUGUCGUGAUCCCUCCCAAAACCGAAGACCAUCUCGUCGAUCUCACUCGAAGCAACAACGCCAACAUCGAUCCGUUUGCAAGUCUAUCGGGCAGCAAGCCUAUCCAACCUGCUCUGACCUCGGGGGUUCCCACAAGCCCCAACAUCUUUGGGGGUGCAGCUGUCGGCAAGCCUGCGGGUGCUUCUGCUUCCGGCGACCCGUUUGCCUCCCUGGGUGGACUAAACUCGCAGUCCACAAGAAGCCCUGCCUUGAGCAGCUCGUCGCCCCAAGAUAUCUUUGCGUCAAGCAGAAAGACCACCCCGGCGUUCUCGGGGCUGGAUCCGCUCCAGUCGGCCAAGCCGGUCAGCAACGGCGGCUUCGGUCCCCAGGUUUCCCAGAACCCAUUUGCCUCCUCCGCACCCGCCGCGACCAGCAAUGCCUUCCAGUGGGAAGCUCCCAAGCCGGCCCAGCCCACGCUUUCGCAGCUCUCUGCCCAGGGCGGAUCCAACCUGCUCGGGGCCAACAGCUCGGCCGCAAACGCCUUCGGCGGCAUCUCGGGAACUGCCUCGCCCUUCAGCGGAGCGAGCAGCGUCUCGGGGGCCUCGGGCAUCUCUGGAUUCUCGUCCUUCAACCCCUCGCCCUAUACCGGAGCCGCCAGUCUCUCGACUGGCAGCGCCGGUGGGUUCGGAGGACAGGAUCCGUUCGCCUCUCUCGCACCCCAGAGCGCCAGCACACAACCAUUUGGCUUCCAACAACAACAACAACAACAACAGCAGCAGCAGCAGCCGUUCGGUCUCCAGCAACAGCAACCUUUUGCUGCCCAGCAACAGCAGCCGUUCGGCAACCAGAACCUCUUCCAGACCCAGGCUAACAGCGCACCGAAUCCCUUCUUCUAGGAGACUACUCCUGAGUCGAGUAACGCUGUUGCUGCCGCCAGAGUUGUCCGUCGUCGUUCUCGUUUCUUCGUCCGAUGCUGCGACAGGACAAGCUGCAUACGUAUCUCGUUUGAAUAUAAGCAUCGUGGAGUCGCUACCGCUGAUUCA